AUGACAAGAAGUCUGGUUGUUACUACUGGUGAAGAAAAAAUUGGUUCCAAGAUCACCAUUGGUGAACCAUCUUAUGGAUUGAUCAAUGCUGGUUCAAUUGACAAGCUUGCCAAAAUUCCCGACUAUCCAUUAGAUUACAACAUUUAUGUUUUCCGGAAGAUUAAAGAAGCCAGAGAGAAGCUCACAAAAGAAGACUUAAAAGAUAUCAUUGAAACUGUGAAGCUCGAAGACGUGCAAAAUCAUGAGGAUAAUAAAGGCUAUUUGACAAAGACAACUGAAAUGCAUGACAGGUUGUUGAAGUACUUAACCCUUGAAAGAAAGAGAAGAGAAAAGAUUAUCCUCAAGAAAUUCUUGGACGACGAAAUAUCGAAAAGUAAAAAAAAAUCCUCAGAAGCCAGUACCUUGGAUUAUAAAUUACAAUUAACACCCGAUGAAGAAAAAGGGGUUUUGAAUUAUACAAUCAGGUCGCCGAUAUAUAACUCAUUUAUAAAGGUGGAUGAAACCACUAGCGAGGCUGUUGAUAAAAAUAUUAAUUAUAAAAAAUUAGCAAUGGUACAAAAUAUUGAGUAUAUCUUUGAAGAGGAAUUGAAUGAUGACGAGUUAGUAGAUGUCUUUGCUGAUUGUAAUGAGUUUGCGAGUUUUGAAGUUAUUUACAACAAUUUACGAAGCGAUAAUGGCAAAUGGAAUGAUAAACACUUGAUCAAUAUAGAUGAGCUGAAACAAGAUAUUAGAGAUGCUGAAAUUAAAGAGGUUUUAGAUAAGUUAAUGGCGGUAGAUAUUAUUAGACUUUUAAUUCCCUUAGCAGGGCAAGCAGUUUUGACAGGCAUUGACGUGACUAGGCAGAGGCCAAUAAAUGGAAAAUAG